UGGUGUAAAAGUAAAAGUCAUCAACAAAAGAUUUUUUUUUUAAUUAAAAACUUCAAAGUAAACAAAUUGAUGAAACUGUCUUAGUGAAAAAUAAUUUCCAGCAACUAUUUGACUACAAUUGAUUAUUGAAAUUUCAGUGCAGUACAUGUUUCUGCCAAUUUGUCAUUAAUUUUAUUUUUGUAAUCAUGACUGACUAUUUCCAAGAGAUGGGAUGGAGAGAAUUGCAAGACGGUGAGCAGCCAAAUCACUUUUUACAUUUGGCUCGACUCUUGAUGGAUUAUAAUAUAUUUGACGACAACUUUACUGGAGAAUGGCCUAGAUUACCACCUCCAGCAUCAAAAGAAGUAGUAAAAAAUUUACCUGAUAUUACUAUGGAAGUAGACGAUAAGAAUUGCCCUAUAUGCCUAAAGAAUUUUGAAAUAACUGAAAAAGCUAAGCAAAUGCCUUGCAAUCAUAUUUUUCAUCCUACAUGUAUUUUGACUUGGUUGGAAAAGACCAAUUCAUGUCCCUUUUGUCGCCAUGAACUACCCACUGAUGAUGUGACAUAUGAAGCAUUUAAAAAGGAAAAGAAAAGAGCUGAACAAAGAAUAGAAGAUAUAGAAGUUCUUCAUAACUCUAUGUUUAGUUGAUGCUUCUAUUAUGUUAUAUAUAUUGGGUAGUAGGGAAAUUAUUUCAUAUUAAGUUUAAGAUUUUAAAGGUUUAUAAUGACUGUACCAUUUACUAAUCAUUCCUUUAUAGAAUUACUAUGGAUAUCUAAACAUUGCAGUAUCGGUUUACUAAGUAACCUAAGAAGCUAAAUUUACUGCUUACUUUGACUUACAUAUACAAAGAUAUAUAUUUCUGACAGGGAAGUCAUGCUGAAGUUUUAACUCUGGAUUUUAUAAUUGAAGACAGUAACAUUUAGUAAUAUAGUUUUUAUUUUGUCUGCACAUGUGUUUCGAGAUUAAAUUUAAAAAAAACUUUGAUAAAAAUUCUAGAUAUAUACUAUCAAUUACCUGUAUAUAUAUUUAAUUUUUAAAAUACCCACAGAUAAUAUCACCACCACUGUGAAGUAUGUUGAUAAAGUAAAAGCAAAAAAAAAUUAUAUUUUCACAUUAAAUUAAGAUUCCUUAAAACAACAAAUUUGAGUCAAAUAUGUUACCAUUAUUGUGAUUGCAAAUAUUAUACUAAUAUGUCAUGAGAAAAAAUAUUUCCUCUAAAUGCUUCUUUUUUAUAUUGCAAUUAUAUUGUGUCCUUUUUGAGGGGAAAUUGUGGUUGUCAGAAAUAUAAAUAAACACUGUCAAAAGUUCAUCUAGAAUUUAUUGUCAUUUUUGUUAAUAGAAUGUGUCACAUAUAUUGUAAAAUUUUUUAGUUAAAAUAAAAUAAAAAUUUAAAAAUACAA